GCGGUGGAAGGCGGUGUUUGCAGACAGAAGCCGGGAGGUAAUGGUUAAAACUCGCACGUGCAACUCUUCCGGGCUGCUCAGCGGCCCUGGUACCCAGCGCGAGAUGUGGGUGAGCGAGAAAAUGUAGCGCAGCCGCAACGAGGCGCUACCUGCUGGAGCUUGGUGUGGACAGCCCAGCCCAGACGCGCAGCCCACCCCGGGCACCCCUUGGGCCACCCUCACCAUGUCCAAGAAGGGCACGGGCGGCCGAGGCAAGGGGGACAAGGCGGAGCUCCUCGCUGCUCUGCAGGCCGCCAACGAGGAGCUGCGGGCCAAGCUCACCGACAUCCAGAUCGAGCUGCAGCAGGAGAAGAGCAAGGUCAGCCGGGUGGAGAGGGAGAAGAACCAGGAGCUGAGGCAGGUGCGGGAGCACGAGCAACACAAGAACGCCGUGCUGCUCACCGAGCUCAAGACGAAGCUGCAUGAGGAGAAGAUGAAGGAGCUGCAGGCUGUGCGUGAAGCACUACUGCGGCAGCAUGAGGCCGAGCUGCUGAGGGUCAUCAAGAUCAAGGACAACGAGAACCAGCGGCUGCAGGCCCUGCUGCACGCCCUGCGGGACGGCGCCCCCGACAAGGCCAAGAUCGUGCUGUUGUCCGAGGCGAAGGAGGAGGCCAAGAAGGGGUUCGAGGCGGAGAAGAUAAAAAUGCAGCAGGAGAUCUCGGAGCUCAAGGGGGCCAAGAGGCAGGUGGAGGAGGCGCUGACCAUCGCGGUCCAGGCCGACAAGAUCAAGGCCGCGGAAAUCAGGAGCGUGUAUCACCUCCACCAGGAGGAGAUCUCCCGCAUCAAGAAGGAGUGCGAGCGGGAGAUCCGCAGGCUGAUGGAGGAGAUAAAAUUUAAAGACAGAGCAGUCUUCGUGCUGGAGAGAGAGUUAGGGGUUCAAGCCGGGCAUGCUCAGAGACUGCAGCUUCAAAAAGAGGCUCUAGAUGAGCAGCUGUCCCAGGUCAAAGAGGCUGAUCGGCACCUGGGCAGCCCCAGACGGGAACUUCCUUAUGCAGGCGGUGCAGGAGACGCCUCAGACCACUCGGGAAGCCCUGAACAGCAGUUGGAUGAAAAGGAUGCUCGGCGCUUCCAACUUAAAAUUGCAGAGCUGAGUGCGAUCAUUCGGAAGCUGGAGGACCGAAAUGCCUUGUUGUCGGAAGAAAGGAACGAGCUGUUAAAGCGCUUAAGGGAAGCUGAGAGUCAGUACAAGCCAUUGCUGGAUAAAAACAAACGCCUCACUCGGAAAAAUGAAGAUCUGUCCCAUACUUUACGUCGGAUGGAAAACAAGUUAAAAUUUGUCACGCAGGAGAACAUAGAAAUGAGACAGAGGGCCGGGAUCAUCAGGAGACCCAGCUCCUUAAACGACCUGGAUCAAAGUCAAGACGAAAGAGAAGUUGACUUCUUGAAACUUCAAAUUGUGGAGCAGCAGAACCUCAUAGACGAGCUUUCUAAGACCCUUGAAACCGCCGGCUACGUGAAGAGCGUGCUAGAGCGAGAUAAGCUUUUAAGAUUUCGGAAGCAAAGAAAGAAAAUGGCCAAACUCCCCAAGAAGCCGGUUGUGGUGGAGACCUUCUUUGGAUAUGAUGAAGAGGCUUCCCUGGAAUCCGAUGGCUCCUCCAUCUCUUAUCAGACAGACAGGACGGACCAGACUCCGUGUACCCCCGACGAUGACCUGGAGGAGGGCGUGGCCAAGGAGGAGACGGAGCUGAGGUUCCGGCAGCUGACCAUGGAGUACCAGGCUCUGCAGCGAGCCUACGCCUUGCUGCAGGAGCAGGUCGGAGGGACGCUGGAUGCAGAGCGAGAAGUUAAGACCCGUGAGCAGCUCCAAGCAGAGGUGCAGAGGGCCCAGACGCGGAUAGAAGACCUGGAGCAGACCCUGGCCGAGCAGGGGCAGGACAUGAAGUGGAUUGAAGAGAAGCAAGCGCUAUAUCGAAGGAACCAAGAGCUUGUGGAGAAGAUUAAACAAAUGGAAAUAGAAGAGGGUCGGUUAAAACACGAGGUCCAGGAUGCGAGGGACCAAAACGAGCUGCUGGAGUUCCGGAUCCUGGAACUCGAGGAGAGGGAGAGGAAGUCUCCGGCCAUCAACUUCCACCACACCCCCUUCGCAGACGGGAAGAGCCCCCUCCAGGCCUACUGCGAAGCUGAAGGCGUGACGGACAUCCUGGUCACAGAGCUGAUGAAGCAGCUGGACAUCCUGGGGGAUAACGCCGUAAGUAAUCUGACCAAUGAGGAGCAAGUGGUCGUCAUACAAGCUAGGACAGUCCUGACCUUGGCUGAAAAGUGGCUCCAGCAGAUUGAAGAAACAGAGUCGGCCCUGCAUCGGAAGAUGGUUGACCUAGAGAGUGAGAAGGAGCUGUUCAGUAAGCAGAAGGGCUACCUGGAUGAGGAGCUGGAUUACAGGAAGCAGUCCUUGGACCAGGCUCACAAGCACAUCCUGGAGCUGGAGGCCAUGCUGUACGACGCCCUGCAGCAAGAGGCCGGGGCCAAAGUGGCCGAGAUCCUGUCGGAGGAGGAGCGUGAGAAGCUCAAGGUGGCCGUGGAGCAGUGGAAGCGCCAGGUCAUGAGCGAGCUGCGGGAGCGGGAUGCCCAGAUCCUACGGGAGCGCAUGGAGCUGCUGCAGCUGGCACAGCAGAGAAUUAAAGAGUUAGAAGAAAGAAUAGAAGGUCAGAAGAGGCAAAUAAAGGAACUGGAGGAAAAGCGUUCAUUCUGUGGUCAUAGCUCGCCUGGCCCCGACACGCCCCCAGAGGAGCCAGACCCCUUUCCUCCAGCUGGACCCGAGAGCAGUGGGUGCCUGGGCGGCAAAACAAGAUGCCCCGUCCAGUCCCUGAAGCCCCAAGAGGAUCUGGUCUCUGGGGACCCCAUCCCAUCGAGGAAGAGGGAGAAAGGGGGGCUUUGAGCACCUCUGAGCGGGCAGCUGUCCACUCUGAUGAGCCAGAAUUAAAACUCGUUUUUGACUGGGGCUCCUCUGGAAGAGGCUUGGUCUUGGCUGCUGGACCCUGGGGUCCCUCCUUGGGACGCAGCCUCCCGAUCCCGGUGACAGGGAUGCACAAGUUCCCUGCUGAGCAGGUGCAAAGAGCUGCUUCUGUGCAGGAGCAUCCACAGCCCUACACUCCCACCUCGUGGCCCCUCAAUCGCGCAACACACAUCUCGGAUGAACCGAUCAGGAAGAACACGGGCAGCCCACAAAAGGACACAGUGAAGCCUGUGACCACAGAGGUGAUCCUCAUUCAGGGGAGCCCAGAUGGGUCGUGGGGGAUGUUCCGAGGACGGCUCCCCUGACCCCUCAGGUGGCCCAUGAGGACCCCCUCACUUGGGGUCCUGCGCAGCUCUGGCCAGCACACGUUUGCCUGGUUUUAAGAUUCUGUUGCCUUGGGCGCUGGUGUGGGGGCCGCACGCACCGUGCCAUCAACCUCGCCUUCUAGGCCACCCUGAACCACGUGGAGGAACACGGUGGAACUGAACCAAGACUGAGGAGCAUGACAGUGGGAGGUGGGACGAGAGAGUGCCGCAACCCACUGGAGAGGGGCCUGGCUUUCCUGGAGCGCAGAGCCCAGGCACUGCAGAGGCCCUGGGCACCUGGAGCAGCCCCUCACCCCCUGCCCAGAGGCCAUGGGCUUCAGGCGAGCAGAAUGGGGCUGGACCUUGCCCAGUGCAGGGCUCCGUCUUUUGCCCUCAGGGCAGUGCCCAUGUGAGGGCAGCCACACACCUGUGGUCCUGCAGCUACAAGAAGGGAGCCUGACGUCCAGGUGGCAAGCAGAGAAGACAUAGCACAUCGAUGAAGCCCGUUUUAAGCCUGACUUCCCUUCCUGCUGAGUGCUCUGACCCACAGCCCAGGAACGUCUUCCAGAUACAGCCCGACUCCCGGGUUGGAAGAGGCUCUUCCAUCGACUCCGCACCCUCGAGGGUGCAAGGUGUGUGUGUGUGUGCGCGUGUGUGCAUGCAUGUGCGUGAGUCUCUGUGUAUGCAGUCGUGCAUGCUUAACCAGGAGACGAGAUUUUAGCUCUUUUGAGGCACCUGGAGGUUGAUGUGCUGGGUGGUGACACCUGCAGCCAGGUGAGAAUGUAACAAACAACACAGCAUGAAAGGAAAGCAAACUACAUUUCUCAGGGGUGGAAAGGAGGGGCGACUGUGUCUGCAAGUGUCAGAUUCAUUUUAUAUUUGUGUCGGAAGACGUGUUCAACUCUGGUGCACACGGCUGUCCCCAGACCAGGCUUGAUGCCCUAGGCUGAAAUUGGAGAAAGUUUACAGGAUCAGACAGAUAUGCUUCUUUUUAGCGGGUGCGGGAUUUCUGCUGGGCUCUGUUAACCCACACUCAUCCAGGAAGGACCCGUCCUUUCUGUGGUCAUGAAAACCACAGUUACUCACUUGGACAAGACACAGGGUGAGUCCACUCCUCCUCUAGCUGAGGCUGCUGCUGGGGUUUGCAGACUGAGUCUGAAAUCUUGUUUCAUCCUCCGUGCAUAGUUUUGUGUCAUUCCAAUGACUCCCUGCUCUCGGCACACGUUGUGCUCAGAACCGAAUGGCAAACAAUAGUCUUGAGCUAAUCAAAGCCGCUACGGAGCUGUGGAUGAACUCCCAGAUUGGAGCUGGGUAGAGUGUAUGAGGCAGGCGUCCAGGAAGUCCGCAUGGGGAGGCACAUGUUGCGGCCCCAGCGGUUACUGCCUAGGAGUAGCAGCCGAGCGGGCUGGCCAUUCAGGAGCUAAUGAUGUGCACUCGAAAGCAAAUUCACAUCGCCUGUGUUCAUUUGGAUCAUCGUGAUUUUGCAUGUUGGACAUCUGUCUGGAGCACGUCAUAGGCUGUCCACCACAUGCCAGACAGUCUUAUCGCUCUGUAAUCUGGAAAUGGGCAAACUUUGCAAGGCAGAGAAGCAUGAAGAUCUGGACCAGUGCUUACCAAGUUGUUGCUUAAAUGUAAAAGUACGUAGUGAAAAUGGCUCAGUGAAUGUUUUAAAUAAUAUUCCACGUACCAAACUGCAUUUGUACCAUUGCCAUGUUCCCGAAAGCCCACAUGGAGCUGCGAUGCCCGCCCUUGUCUGCAGAGAUCACUGUUUCUAUUCAUGUAUCCAAGGCACCUUCUUUUCAUCUGAUCACAAAAUCUAGCAUUUUGGAACUGGGCUUUUGUCAAAAAAAGAAAAGAAAAACAAAAAGCAGUUAGGUGCAUUUGUCACUGAUUCCUGCUAGUCCAGUGAGCAUCUGAAGAAUUCAGGUGUUUUAAAAUCACAUGCUUUUUCUAAAUCCUAGAAUAUACCUUUCCUGCUAAACCAGUGGGCUGCAUUGAAUUUCCUGAAAGUACCUGGGCUCUGUUACUGCAACUCCUCAAACGGGAUGUCUGUGUGUCAAUGCCAGUCUCUCUCAUGGAAUGAGAGGACGGACCAGAAGUUGCCAGAAGGGUUUAUUGUGUAACCAAGACGUGGACAUGUGUUAUCAAUACAAUCACAUUGUGUCCACAAUACCCAGAACAACACAGAUGUUUUCGUUUGUCUACACUAGAAAUCCAUGUAAAUUGCAGCUCCCUGGUUGACACGGAUGUGUGAGUGUGUGCACCUCGUUUCCACGUGUCCACGGUCUGUCCAGCUGCUGAAGGACUGUGGCUCUUCCUUAAAGUGUUCAGCUCUUGCAGAACCCGUAGCCUUCAGGACACCCCGCGUGCCUUACACGGCUUGUCAAUACCGCACUGGAUGUCGAGAAGGAAGGUGUGCCGGGAGUGGGUUUGGAGGCAUCGAGACAUCAAUCCACAUGGACCAUCACCCCAUCACUGAAACCUUAAGAUGGAUUGUGUGUUUUAACACAGUAACGGAUUUACAUUUAGGCUCAGGAAAACCAAGUUGUAAAUAUAUGUAUCAAAUCAUAUAUUUGUUUACUGUAUUUUAAAGAGCUUUAUUGUAAAUAUAUGCAACAAUGAAUUAGGACUCGUUUUACCAUGGCAAUACGCCAGCCAGUAUCUGUGUUCUCUGAAGCAGCUCCUUACUAACCACGUUCUAAACAUGUGAUAUUCUGUUCAGUGCUAAACAGUAUUCACAGGCCUAAAAUAGGUUUGUAUGGUGGUCAACUACAAAAUUUUGCACAUAUUUUUGUAUUGUGAUUCCUAUGCUAUAUACCAGAGGAUUUUUACUCAUUUGUAAAUUA